GGAAAUGGGAGCAGAGUUUUGCAUGGCCUUGAUUUGAGCGGGCGAGCGUUUGUGCCAGUCUACUCGACUCGACACACUCGCCAGUCUGCAACUGACGCCCGGCUCGGCUACGCGUGUUUGUGUCAAGUAACGCCGCGAGUGACGACUUACCGGUGUUGUGCCCAAGUGACUAAGUGAUUUGUGGAACGUCCAGGAUACCAGGAAAACUGGAGCCGAGUAAAAUCCCGAGAAGUUUCGUGUGUAAUGAAGCAAUGUCGGCGGCGGUGAGGGCGGCGCUGCUCUGCGCGUGCGCGAUGCUGCUGCACCACGCUCGCGCGGAGCUGAUCGGGCGAUGUCCCGUCAACGCGACGUGUCCGGCGCGUGCGUCGCCUUGUGCGGACGACAACGAGUGCGGCGAACAGGUCUGCUGCGACACCUCAUGCGGCAAGACGUGCGUGGACCCGCUGUAUACUGGCUGUGAAAAUAUCAAACUGUCUUCCGAGAGAAUAUCCCGAGCUCUAGCGGCUGAGAACAGCCGCGGAGGACGAGGACUCAUCAAAUCAGUCCGAGCUCCUCGGUGUAGGACCAGCGAUGGGGAGUUCGAAGAGAUCCAGUGCGAUAAUGAGAUCGUCAGCUCUUGCUGGUGCGUCGAUCAGGCUGGUUUUGAGGUUCCCGGCACCCGCGCCCCGGCCGCCGCCCUAGUCAACUGCACACGUAAAGCUCCCUGCGCGGCCCACACCUGCCGCAUGCUGUGCCCGCUCGGCUUCGAGCUGGAUGCUAACGGCUGCCCGCUCUGCAAAUGCCGAGAUCCUUGUAAUGGCAUCACCUGUCCUGGCCAGUUAUCAUGCCAAUUGGAUGAGACUCCCUGCCUUCGACCGCCAUGCCCGCCUGUUCCUAACUGCAAGAGAGCAAGAAGCCUCCAGAACAUCUGUCCAGCCGGCGAACCUCUGCUCAUAUCAGAAACCAGCCGUCCGUUCCUGUGCGGGACUGAUCCUGGCAAACCGAACUGCCCACCUCUUUACAAAUGUCUGGUUGAGUCAGGAAAUGACUACGGAGUAUGCUGUCCAGCAUCUUUAGCACUACGCAAAGCCGGCACUUGCCCCGCUCCAACCACAUCCAGCGAUGAAUGUGGAACCCCCUGUGCCCACGACUUAGAAUGCCCUUCCAUGGAGAAGUGCUGCGACUCCGGAGAAUGCGGCAAGCACUGCGUCUUACCCCAGAAUGUCACCAUGUGUCACCAGCAGAAGAUGCUUGCUGAACUGCUGGUGGUCAGCGAGAAGGAGGGUAGAGGCUAUGUGCCGCAAUGCGCGGCGGAUGGGUCGUUCGAGUCCAGGCAGUGUUCGAGGAAUGGACUUGUCUGCUGGUGCGUAGACACCGAAGGCAACAAGCUCCGCGGCUCCAUGGGUCCGUCUCCCUCCGUCCAAUGCUCCGAGAAGCCCGGCCCAGUCCGCGAAGGUGGCCGCAGCCUUAACUCCUGCCCAAGAGCCCUGUGUGCUGGGGUCUGCGAGUAUGGAUACAAGAGCGCUAACGGAUGUCCCACUUGUGAAUGUGACGAUCCUUGUGAAGGAUACCCUUGUGGGGAGGGCGAGGAAUGUAUUAGAGUCAGGGAUGCGGACUGUACAGGCGAGCUAUGUACUGGAUACCCUGUAUGUCGCCCCCGAGUAACCUACGAAAACCCCUGCGAAUCCGGCACCCCAUUCACGGACAUCACUGACGGCACCGUGGUCGGCUGCGGCAGCGACCAAGACUGCCCGUACGCACACGUGUGUACUAGGAGCCGACGAAGCGGAGCUGCUUUGUGCUGUUUAGAUCCUAAAUACGAGUCAAAUUCGACGGAGACGGAUCUUACUGAAAUAAAUUACGAAUCCUGCGGCGCGGAAGCUGAGGCCGUUUGCGACCACAACUCCACCAUCAGCUGCGGAGACGGUGACUGCGAAGACGGGCUGGUGUGCUGUUCCACUGUCAACUGCGGGCCGGUGUGCGUGGACCCGGCCAAGAUGAGGCUGCAGACGGAUAGGGUUGACGACACGCCUACCAUGUGCGAAUACCUCCGCGACUUCGACGAGAAGAUGGAAGGCACGGUAGACGGGAUGAAGCUAGCCCUCCCGGCGCCCACAUGCACCGCCGACGGCUCGUUCUCGCCGCAGCAGUGCGCGCACGGCCGCUGCUGGUGCGUGGACUCCUUCGGAACUGAGAUACCGGAGACCAGCACCAACAACGCUUCGACUGUAGACUGUGUGAAGGUUCGCGAGAGCCUAGCCUGCCUGGACCUAACGUGCCGCAUGGGUUGCGACUACGGCUUCGAGCUCGGCAGUAACCACUGCCCGACUUGCCGCUGCCGCGACCCCUGUACAGGAGUCACUUGCCCUGAAGGCCGUGCUUGUGCUGUAGUCGAUGUAGCGUGCGAUGCGGAGUACUGCCCUCCAGUGCCUGCUUGUUUGCCCCGCAAACCCGGCCAGUGUCCGUUCCUGGUGCCCCACACCGGGGCGUGCGAGUGGGCGUGCCGCGGCGACGCGGAGUGCGGCGCGGGCGAGCGCUGCUGCGCCACGGGCUGCGGCACCGCCUGCGCCGCGGCCACCAACCACUCGCCGUGCCAGCAGAGAAGAGCUCUCGCGCUACACACGGCCGCAGAGAGCGGCAAGCCGCCGUCCUCGCAAGACGUGCCGGACUGCAAGCUGGACGGGUCCUACGAGCCCGUCCAGUGCCGCAAGGCCGAGAACCUGUGCUGGUGCGUUGACAGUGACGGCAACGAGAUCCCCGGUACCCGAGCCUUCAACACCACGCCCUCAUGCGAAGCACCAGCUCCCUGCCCCGAGGUCCACUGCAACGAUGAAGAGAUCUGCGCUCACGGACGCCAGUUAGACAUUAAGGGUUGCCCGACCUGCGAAUGUAGAGAUCUCUGCGCCGAAGCCAAGUGCAGACCUGAUGAAACUUGCGAGAUUGUGCCAUUGGAAUGCGAGUCGGAGUCCUGCCCCCCGAUCGUGCGCUGCACGCCGACGCCCCGCUGCCCCUCGGGCGCGCCGCUGCCGGUCCCGGGCGGCGCGGACGCGCUGGUGUGCGGCCCCAGCGCCGCCGCUUGCCCCUCGACGCACGCGUGCCGUUUCGCGCCGCACGACACCGGCGCACCCGUGUGUUGUCCUAAGCCACGAACAGUAUGCUUCGACACAAAAGACGAAGGCAACUGCACGGACACGGGAGGUCUGAACGCGACGCGAUGGCACUUUAACCACGAACGCAACCGAUGUGAACGAUUCAAGUACAACGGUUGCUCUGGUAACCACAACAACUUUAGAAGCAAGGAGGAGUGCAACGCCGUUUGCCCCGCUGAAGGUGAAGCCUCCAAACUGGCCACGACGAAGAAAGCCCGCAUUCAAAUUGACACAGAAGUAUUGAGCCCGUGCGAGCGACUGCGUGAGAAGAACGAGGCGGCCGAGAAGAAAUACGGCAAAGGCACGUUCAUCCCCAAGUGUGACGUCACUGGAGCCUGGGAGUCUGUGCAGUGCAUGUCGCAUAUCGAUGUGUGCUGGUGUGUGAGCGCCCGCGGCGAGCCCCUGAAGGGGUCCCUGGUGCGCGGGGCCAAGCCUUCCUGCAACUUCCGGCAGGCGCGCAAGUGGGCCAAGCGGACUGGAGACGACGAGCGAGCGCGCGCCGACGAAGUUCUAGAAGAGCUCAUCAGGCAAAUGACUGCGUUCCGCGUCGAAGAGAUCGAAGAGUACGACGAAGAGGAAGUGCUUCGUGACGAACCAGUCGAGCCCAGGACCGUGGAGACCUUGAAGCCGAUGGAGAGACUCGAGGUUCAGGAGAGCGAGCCGAAGAGCAAGACCAUCUUCAAGACCAAGUGCCAGAUGCUACAGGAUGAGGCUGAGAAUGGAGACGGUCCCUCGGUCCGCUGCCUGCCGGACGGGUCGUUCGCGGCGCGGCAGUGCGCGCGCGGGCGCUGCUGGUGCGUGGACGCGGCGGGCCAGCGCCGCGGCGCGUCCACUCCCGUACCCGACUCGCCCGCUUUGGACCCUUGCUUGCCAACCCAAAUCGAAUCGGCGUCCCUAGAGCUGGAAAUCAUCGGGACUGACGCCGCGGCGGCGGAGCGGGCACGGGCUGCCUUACAAUCACAACUCGCUUCCCUCGGUGCUCGAGUGCCGGUCACAAUGUCCAAAGACCGCUCCGCCAUAAAACUUAGAGCAGUGCUGGCUGGACCCAGGGCUGUGGAUGUCGUCUAUCAUUUGGAGAAUCUGGUGAAACAAGAGAAGCUGUCAGGCGUGAACAAAACGUCAGCUGGCGCGCUGGGCGCUGACGUCAUCCGCAGCGAGUACCGCCUCGCCGCGCAGGCGCCGCUCAUGCAGCAACGGGAGAUACUCAGCGAAUCCACGGUGUCAGCAACGACAUCAUACCACACCGCGCUGAUCGUCCUUGCAGCGUCUUCCGCCUUCAUCAUCAGUGUACUCUGCGUCCUGGUGAUGCUAUACCGAGGCCGGCUACAACGAGAGCCCCAAAAAGCCGAGCGUUUCUUACCCCCCGCUCCCCCCGUCUACGUUCUAUCAGCCGAUGAAAAAGCCGAGCUAGCGAAGGCUUUACACGCCCCUCCACCGCCAAUACCCCCUCAAAAUGAUCACACUAGAAUUUAGGUGCUAAGUCUGACUAGCUUUUGUUUUUGGGUUGGUUUACGGUUGGUGCGGUAGUGGUAUCGUACAGUACUGAAUAUAAAUAGUCUUAGGUAACGUUAACAUUAUAUAAUAAUGGUAUUAAGAUACAUGAGC